AUGGUUCGUCCCCGUGGCUCGGUCCGGAAACACCCCAGAUACGAAGACACCAGACGCCAAACUCGCAGGGAGAGACUGCACCAACCUUGUCUAGAUGCUGCAAAUACCACUACUUUUAAUCACAACUGGAUGAUGAAUCCUCCUCUCACCAUCACUUCUGAUUGGCAUCCAAACAGGAACCAGUUCGAGCCCUUGACUCGUUUUGACGAACGCAAAUCUACAUGGUUCGCCAACCGCCGUUCGAGACGCAGAAGAGCGAGGGAUCACAAGAGAAAGGAGUUUGUCGAACUUCAGCUUGCUAAUCUGGACGCCGAACUGUCGAAUCGUUUCGACAAUGUCAUCAGGACGAAUGACCACAACUCCAACGUCCAACUGCCGGAACUCGAUUUCUCGCCCAUGCAAGUGGUCAAAUGGCGACCUUCAGCACUGCCUUCAGUGCCUCCACCUACAACGCAUCUCCAACCUACGUCUGAUACGGACUGGUCAAAGCUUGAGAUCAACUUCUUUUCACCACCCAGGAAGGGCUCGUAUCCUCCACUUCCAUCUCCACCGGUCGCUCUGAUGACAGCAGCCGAAAUCGGCCUUCUCACUCCGUUGUUGACACCUAAGGUAUUCUUGCCUGACCUCAUGCACAACUCACGAGUUACCGCGUCUACUCCGAGCGAUGUGUCAAUCGUGACACCAUGGAUCCUAGGUCCCACCAUCCUCGAAACCGUCGGCCAGAACACAUGUCUGCCAAAGGGUUCUCCAGAAGAUGAUGAUAGCGCCUCAACAUUCGUAGCAGCAAAACUACCAUGGUUCCAUGACGUUGACCCGUUCGAUCUGGCUGCCCCCUUGAGUUCCGAUCUCGAGUCUAGCAAGGACGAACAUCUCAAGUCACAAAUACCGUCGACGAGAUGUACCCUGUACCACAAGGACGACUACGAUCUCGAGGAGCGCUCUAUACACUCUUCCCAGUCACUACGUAGUUGCGAGGAAGGUAGAAUGACAGGACUGGUACAUGCCGAAUCAGCCACUACCCAAGCCUACGCUCUCGGUGCUGAGUGGCUUGAGGAGCCGAUUGUGGAUUUGCCUUACGAUAUCAUCGGCGAUUGGAAUGACGAGCCUGUUCUUGACUGGAACGGCAAGCUUGUUGUCGAUUGGAACGAUAAGCCUAUCGAAGAUUAUUCUGAUGAUCUUGUCAUGAUCGAGCACGACGCGGACACCUACGGUUGGACCUUCUUGUCCGAAGGCAGAGCUUUGAGUGACUGCGUCUCGACUCUGAGCUCGGCGUUCUCGAGCAUGGAAGUCCUUCCACUGCCACUAAGAGAUUCUUUCAUGGAGAAAUUAUCUGCCUAUGAAGGGCCUGUUCGUGAGUUGGCCGAGAACGAGGUACAGAUGCGCAGAAUUUCAAAGUCAGCUUGGGAUUCGGAGUCUGACUUUUUGAUUCCUGCUUUCUUCUAG